AUGCCUGGGCUUGUUACCUAUGUCCCCGCCUAUACUAAUCUGUUGAAGUACGACGGUUAUUCAAGUUUUGCUGCCGUCCUGCGAAACAAUCUCCACACCGGCCGUGAAGUUGUGGAGUUUUCGGGCGUCAGCGCGAAUGAGUUCGAAUUCCUUGCAUCCGAUCGCAAUAGACCUCUGAAGUCCGCCAAACUCUUAUACAACUUUCUGGCCGAGGUCCUGACAAUCAGGAUGCCCGGAUACGCUUAUGAGGUUGUUACCGGCUUGUUCAAAGCUAUGGUUGACCAACAACUUUUUGCAAUGGAUGUCUCUAGUGAAUUCGUCCCUCUGGCCUCACCUUUGACUGUACUAGGUAACUGGGCGAAGGAACCGGAUGCCUGCUGGGCGCUUGAGUCGACAGGCGACUUGACAGUUGUCCUCGAAGUGGGAGCGUCGGAAUCUGCGCCGCGGCUGGCGGUCGAUGCGAGAGGGUGGUUAGAAACCCCAGGGACGGCCGUUAAGGCAUGCAUCACGAUCGAUCUUAGGGGAGCAAACAAUAUCACUAUUGAUGUUUGGCGGCUCCACGGAAGGUCUUAUGCAAUCCCCACCAGAAACCGCCCCUCCCUCGCCGUACGGGUGCAACACGUUGAGAUCCUUAAUAGAGAAAUGGGGCCCGAGAUAGACGGCUGGAUGACCGAUGAAAACACGAAUGCCGCUCCUACGGACGAGAUUCGGUUAGCUUUCGCGAUGUUUGUUGGGCGGCCCGCUGCUACCGGACGCGAGAAAGACAUUGUUAUAGACAGGAAUCUUCUGAUAGAAUUCGCCAAUAGAUUCUGGCGUCAUCAAGGCCGGCGUCUGCAAGGCUGA